AUGAAAAGCGCCAUCGUCUUUCAGGUCUGGCUGUUCGCUUCAGCGUAUGCCCAAUGGCCAUGUGGCAAUAUAGAGGAGGUACAUCCACCUUUCAACUGGCAUAACUGUGUUCAAGGGCCCUGCAAGAAGUACUACGGCGCCAUCGUUCUGGAGUCCUCGCUGCGUGAAACGAAUUGCUGCGCCGGUCGCUUCGACAUUAAGGACUUGAGCAGAGGACACUGCAACAAGAAGGAUAGAGACACCUGCCCAGUGGACUGCUGUAUCGAGGGGGCUGACUAUCAAGCUCAUGGCAUAUCGACCGACGGCACGAGCCUGAAAUUGGACCUCGGCGCCACCGCGCCUCAUGUUCCCAAGGAUCUGAUUCGGGUAAUGCCUUUGAAGGAAAGCGAAGAAUACCAGCACAAGCCUCUGACCCGUCGACACGAUGGAGAGUAUACUUUCACCAUCGAUGUCUCAAAUGUCCCCCCAGGUUACAAGGCGAGAGUGUCACUCAAUUGGAUGUGGCCGAAUGGCGCUAAAUCCGAGAUGAAGGGCGACAAAGCCGGCGCCAGGUAUGGAACCGGGUAUUGUGAUGCUACAUGCGACAAGGGGCAAAGGUUCGUCGAGGGCAGAGCCAAUAUCAAAGAUUGGGUUCCUGAUAAGAACGAUCCCAAGUUGGGCACAGGUCGUACCGGUGCAUGCUGCCACACAAUUGUGCUAUACGAGGGACACAGAGAAUCUACGGAUUACUCCUGGAGUCCCUGUAUUCCGCCGUGGUAUCAUAAGUGCGACAAGGAGUGGUGUGAAACAAGGUGUUUCGCAUUCGGCUGUCGCUGGAACCCUAAUGGGAACAAAAUGAAACCAUUCUUCGGCCCUGGACCAACCAACACUAUCGACUCGAAAAAGCCGUUCAGCGUUGUGACUCAAUUCUUCAUUCAACAGACACCAAAAGUGGAUUGUAUCAUGAAAACUAGGGCCACCUACUAUAUCCAAGAUGGAAAGCUUUUCCGCAGCCCACCAUCUGACUACAGACCCAACGGCAAGCUGUUCAAUACCAUGAAUAAGCAAUUCUGUUUCAAGAUGGCGUCCGACUUCAAAUGGGGCAAGCGGUGGAGGAGAGCCGGUACAUUCUGGCAGCGAGGUCGUGGCAGCAUGUACAAGAUGGUGCCUGUUUUUAGCAUAUGGCGAGACCGAGAAUAUGACAAGCUCCAUCAUUUGGAGAAUGACGGGAAGGAGUUUGACGAUUUCCCUCGCAACGCAUCUGUUAUUAUCUCUGACUUGAGGAUCGGCACGAUUAACCAAACUUUUGUUGAUCUGCUUGAUCCGGAAUUGCGGCCAGUUGACUUGCCACAUCGAGACGGUAUCACGUUUCAGGAAAAGUAUCAACCCAAGCCAACAGGUUGGGGGGAAGAUAAGCUUUGA